CUCAUCUCAUUCAAUUAAACCACAAUGGCUUUUUGUCCAAUUUUCUUGGUUGCUCUCUUCUCUCUCAUUUAUGGCAAUUAUAUUAUUCCCAUUGAAGCCACCCACCAUGUUUAUAGAACUCUUCAAAGUUCAUCUUCAGAUUCUUCAAACCAUCAACCUUAUAGAACUGCUUAUCACUUUCAACCUCACAAGAAUUGGAUAAAUGACCCCAAUGGACCAAUGAGAUAUGGAGGAUUUUAUCAUCUAUUUUACCAAUACAACCCUGAAGGUGCUGUUUGGGGAAACAUUGUGUGGGCUCAUUCAGUAUCAAAAGAUCUUGUGAAUUGGACACCAUUGGAUCAUGCAAUCCAUCCAUCUCAACCGUCAGAUAUUAAAGGUUGUUGGUCAGGAUCAGCCACAAUAUUGCCAGGUGGCAAACCAGCAAUUUUAUACACAGGAAUUAAUCCAAAUAAUCAUCAAGUACAAAAUAUAGCCAUACCCAAAAAUAUAUCUGACCCAUUACUUAGGGAAUGGAAAAAAUCACCAAAAAAUCCAUUGAUGGAACCUACAAUUAAUAACAAAAUUAAUUCAAGUUCAUUUAGGGACCCAACUACUUCUUGGCUGGGAAAAGAUGGGUAUUGGAGGGUAUUAAUUGGUAGCAAAAUAAAUACUAAGGGAAUGGCAAUUAUGUACAAAAGUAAAAAUUUUGUUAAUUGGGUUGAAGCCAAACAUCCCUUACAUUCAGCUGAAGGAACAGGAAUGUGGGAGUGUCCUGAUUUUUUCCCAGUAUUGAAUAAGAAAAAUACAUUAAAAAUUGGUGUUGAUACAUCUAUGAUUGGUGAUGAUGUUAAACAUGUGCUUAAGGUCAGUUUGGAUGAUACAAAACAUGAUCAUUAUUUGAUUGGGACUUAUGAGACUACUAAGGAUAUAUUUGUUCCUGAAAAUGGAUUUGUGGAUAAUAAAUUUGUAUUGAGAUAUGAUUAUGGGAAAUAUUAUGCCUCAAAAACAUUUUUUGAUGAUGGGAAGAAUAGAAGGAUCUUGUUGGGUUGGGUUAAUGAAUCCUCAAGUGUUGCUGAUGAUAUCAAGAAAGGAUGGUCUGGAAUCCAUACUAUUCCAAGGACUAUCUGGCUACAUAAAUCAGGAAAACAAUUAAUACAGUGGCCAGUUAAGGAAAUUGAAAAUCUACGUAUAAAUCCAGUCAAUUGGCCCACCAAGGUGAUUAAGGGAGGUGAAUUGAUUCCAAUUACUGGUGUUAAUUCAGUACAGGCUGAUGUAGAAAUUUCAUUUGAAGUGAAAGAUUUUGGAAAGGCUGAAAUAUUGGACCAUUGGAUAGAUCCUCAAAUUUUAUGUAGUCAAAAGGGUGUAUCCAAAAAAGGGGGUGUUGGACCAUUUGGUCUGCUAGUAUUUGCUUCUCAAGGCUUGCAAGAGUACACAGCAGUGUUUUUUAGAAUAUUCAAAUACCAACAUAAGAAUUUGGUUCUCAUGUGCAGUGACCAAAGCAGGUCAUCUUUGAAUAAGGAUAAUGAUAUGACCACAUAUGGGACUUUUGUGGAUGUUGACCCUCUUCAUGAAAAUUUGUCACUAAGAACUUUGAUUGAUCAUUCAGUAGUGGAGAGUUUUGGUGGAGAAGGAAGGGCUUGCAUCACAGCCAGAGUUUAUCCAACAUUAGCAAUCCAUGAUAAGGCUAAGUUAUAUGCUUUCAAUAAUGGAACUUCUGCGGUCAAGAUUUCAAGAUUGAGUGCUUGGAGUAUGAAGAAAGCAAAAAUCUAUUGAAACUAAAAAUGGGAGAGUGAUACAUUAAUCAUGAUAAUGUUUUUUUAUUGGCAUCUGAAGUAGUUUUAUUGAUGCUAUAGAAUAGUAGUUUGUUUUGUUUUAAAUACAACAUUUGAUCAUAGAUGAGAAAAAUAUUUGUUUUGUGUGAACAUUAUUAAACAUAGUCAGAAAACUUGUUAACUUAUUUUAUCA